CGAAGAUCCGAGAUAGCGAUAGCGUUCGUAAAUUUCUUUUUCUCCUUAGCCUUCUGGCCCCGUGCAAGGCAAAACGAGUUAAGUUACGUCCGACUGUGUGGCCUGAUGGGCUGUUUGUGUCCUCUCUCUACGCUGAAAUUCACUUUUACGGCGAGAUUUCCUUGACAUCUGUGCGGAAAUUUUCGGUCUCAUGCUGCAGUUGAGCUUCGUACUUCACUAGUCAUUGAUUCAGUGAUGUACGGUGUUCUCCAACAGCCGGUCAAGAGACCAGGAAAACCAACACCUUUGAAUUCCUAAGCUUCAUUUUUACUACAAUUGCCUGUAAAUAGCUUUAAAAAAGAGGAACGGGAUUGACAUGGAACAAGAUCCAAAGGCUGCAAAAACUUCAUUUUCCGGGACAAGGUCCCUGUUAUUUUGGUGUCGACAACAGACAGAGAGUUACAACGAUGUGAAUGUGUUUAACAUGUCGACUUCAUGGCGGGAUGGUUUGGCGUUCUGUGCGAUUAUCCACCGUUACAGGCCGGAUUUGAUAGAGUUCGACAGGCUGUCCAAAGAGAACAUCAUGGAAAACAAUGAGCUUGCUUUUAGUGUGGCAGAGAAGCAUUUUGGUAUUCCAAUCGUACUUGAUGCAGGUGACAUGGUAGAAAAUAUCAUUCCAGAUAAAUUGAGUGUUAUCACCUAUGUCUCGCAGCUGUACGAGUACUUCAAGAACAGAACUCCAGCAAACCAGGGCUAUUCCACUAAGAUGAAUAUCCAGCCAAAAACACGAAGUGAAUCUACAGGUCACAAAGGCAGCAAGCGUAUCUCACCUUCCCAUCAGAUAUACCUCUUGUCAGGUCAUGCAAAGAGGGUUGCUACAGCCUUGCGGAAUGUUUUCAAGUCUGAUGCUAAAGAAGAAUCAACCAAGAGCAAGGAACAGGGUCAAGGCAGUAAAUAUUUAAGCGUUGAACCUUUAAGGACAAACCAGGAAACAAACAGAAAUACUUAUGAACUCAUCCCAAGUGCACCAGGAAAAUCACCAUUGCUGGGAAAUGAUUGUUUUAUCUGUCACAGCAGAGUGUUUCUCAUGGAAAGGCUGAUUGCAGAAAGGAAGCUGUUCCACAGGGCAUGCUUCAGAUGUGAUAAAUGUAAAGCCUGCCUUCGACCUGGAACAUAUCAUUACUUUCCUAAUACCCAGAAGUUCUGCUGUUUAUUUGAUUGCCCAGGAGGUCAGAGGGAAAAUCCCAUAAAAAUUAAACUAGAACCCUUAACAAAUGCUGCCCAGCAAAAACAAACAGAGGAGGGUCCAUCACCUGAAUCUUCUCCCAAUCUGUCUGAUAGCAAUUCUACAAAACCAUCUGAUAAAAGCCCACUUCAGAGACAGUUCUCAGUUGUUAAAAAGAAUGCAAUAACAUUAGCUGCAUUGCCACAGCCACUAACCCAAGGGAAACCUCGUGUUAUGAAAAGCCAAAAGCAGUCACACUCAUCACAGCAUUAUGACAGGUCACAGGCAAAGAGAAUUGAGCAUGGUGAGAAAAAACGGCGAUUCUCUGGUGGAGGAAGACCCAGGAAAAAACGUGAUGGGAAAGGAAGAUAUUUUGACUCUGAGGAACUGGGUGAUCAGGGAAAUUCCUCCUGGUCACCAGAAAACAAAAGACGAGCUCCUGAUAUUAGUCUAGUUGAUGAUGAAAGUGAUAGUGUUAAAAAUAGCAGUAGUGAAGUGGUAAGCAAGACCUUGAGUGUGAAGGUACCAGAUGAUAGUUCAGGAAUUUCAUUACCAAAGUCUCUUUUUGUAUCUGAAGAACAGCAAGAGGAGGAGGAAAAACUUAAACAGAAACCUGAUGAUCAAAGGUCUACAAAAGAGCCAGAAUCGCCUUCUGUGAAUCUUCUUUUUUCUUUUAAAGAGGAAUUACUGAAGAGGGCAACAGAAGGUAAAAUGGAUAAUGAUGAUGAUAAGGUAGCGAAGGAAGGUGAUACUGAUUGUGUUACACCAGAAUUUUCAAAUCAGGAACCGAAGACAAAAUUAGGAAACAGCAAAACUGGAGACAGUGAUUCAUUGGAAAAUGAAUCUGAUAGUCAUGUCAGGAACUCAAAAGAAGACAACUUGGAGAAGCCAGAUAAUCAGCAUAAAUGUUCAGAUUCUAGUGUCCAAAGUGAUUCAACUAAGUCAACAAAAUCAGUGUCAUCACGGAAGACAAGUGUUUCUGAAGAGUCUGAUUCUUCAACAGCUGCCAAGGGUGUACAAAGACUGCGGGAAAAGUUUCUGAACAUUAAUGACAUGAUUGAUGAAAAACACAAGAAUAACUUGGCAAAGAAAAGUGUUGAAAUUCAGAGAGAACUAAGGUGCGUCUCUGCUUGGAAACAACAGACAGAAUCUCAUCAAGUUACAUCAAGGAAACAUUCAAUAAGCUCUGGAAAGGCAGCUGAGGUAAAGAAACCAAGCUUUGGUACAAGUCGGCGGAGUGUUAAGGAAUUAAGAAAAAUGUAUAUGGACAAUGGAAGUAGUGAAAGAAAAUCUGUUGGAGGGAAAUCAGAUAUAGUGCCAUCAAAAUCUGAUAAUUCCUCCGCAGGAAUAGAAACUAAGUCAAAUAUUACUGUUACAGAAAAAACAGCUGAUUUCCCUUCAAGUGAAUCCAAUGAAAAAUCUGAUUCUUCUGAGCUUGGAAGUGAAGAAAGUACAGAACAAGCUGAUGAUCAUACAACUGGGUCUAAGGACAACAAUAAUUCAUCUGACUCUAGGGAUACUGAAUUUGUUACCUUACCUGAUACUUCUACAGAUAGAUUGCAAAGUAUAGAUGCAAAUGACAACAUAGUAAUAAUAAAUGUUGAUCACACGCAACAAGAUGAAAGUGUUUCAAGUGACAGUCAAAUUAGUGGAGGGCCACCUUCUACAGAAAAUGAUUACUCAGAGACUAAGUCUGACCAGGUGUCAAGUGAGGUUCCAUCACUUCAAGUUGAACCUGCUAGUCCUCAUUCUCCUAAUCAUGAACAAAAUUCUCCAGGGUUAAAAAGACAUUCAGCAUCCCAUGACAGUGGUAUUGAUAUGCCUUUAUAUACACAAAUUAAUUUUCAGAGGUCUCUGUCAGCUGAUGACAAAAUGUCUGCAAGGAAUUUGAAAGUUGCAGCAGAAUUUUCCUUCUCAGGAAGUGAUUCAUCUGUGUCACCUACUGAAAAACAACUGCCAAGAGAAAGUUUGAAAGAUUUGCAAACUUCAGGUGAUCCAUCAUCACCAGGUAUUGGCUAUUUGCCUGAGAUUCAAUGGUCCUUGCCUUUAUCAAGUGAACACAGAGCAUCUUUUAGUGGCUCUAGUUCAUCAUGCAGCUCACCUAGAAUGUCCAUCAUCAUAGCUCAGGAAGCAGCUACCACCAAAAUUAACAGCAGAUUUUUCACUGUUGAAACCAUGGAACCCUGGGACUUGGAAUAUCAUAGGAUUGCAGAGGAGCAUCAAUGUGUCAUGGAAGUUGAGGGAGAAUUCUGCUUUGGUAGAGAAAAUAGUAAAACCAGCAGAGCAGAAAGAGAUGCAAUUUUCUCAUUGCGGGGUGCUAAGAAUCACGGCUGUAACAGUACUGAUCUGAUUAAGGAGGAAGAAAUAACACUUUCUCCUGCAGAGAUUGAUACUGAAUUACAGUCUUUGGAGGCAUUACACAGAGAGCUGGAAAGACGGGGAGUGAAAAUUGAACACAACUUGAGGGAAAGUAUGGACUCUGAAAGACCCUUCAAUGAUUGUGAGGAAGAACUUCUGAGGGAAUGGCUCAGUGUGGUUCAUGAAAGAAAUGUGAUUAUGCGAAGGGAGUCAGAACUGAUAUACCUGUUGCAGUCCCAUAAUUAUGAAGAAAGAUAUCGCACAGUGGAAGGAGAACUUAGAAAAUUGGUGGCCAUGAGAGAUGAAGUGAAAUCUACUGAUGAUAUGAAGAGAGAGAGAGAAUUACUGUCUGAGUUGCUAGAGUUAGUGCAGAAGAGAAGCUUCAUUGUUGACAGCCUGGAGGAAGAAAGAGUAAGGGAAAUCCACGAGGAUGAAAAAGUAGAGCGAGCAUUGACUGAUGGUAUAGCCACAGUGCCUGAAAACAGCUGGAAUCAGAGACCAGAUUACACCAAAGUUGCAUUUUCAAGAUUUUAUUGCUAGCAGCAGUAGUCUCAAGUGACAAUGAAUUUUCUUCAGAUGCUGAUUAAAAUGUUUGAGCCUUUUCAAACUGUUGUGUUAACCUCUUUCAGCAGCAAGCACAAUCUCAAGCAACGAACUGUAGCAAUUAGGCUAACGUUUUAGACUGUUGUCAAAGAUUUUAGCAGUUGUAACAUCUUUCAAUUUUGGUGCAUUUUGUAUUUUAUGGAAUUCUCUGAUUGAUAGCAGAAUAAUUUUGAUUUCAACGGUUGGAUAGUUUUGUACUUUAGACAUUGACAGGGAGGUGUAGCAUCACAGUUCUCAUCCAAACACAUUUUCUAGUUUCUGGUUUUCAAACUUUUUAUUAGGAACAGUUGAGAAGUUGAUUUUUUUUGUUCUUUUUGGUGUGAAAGGCUUUCAUGUACACUGUGGUCUAUGGGGGCUACUUAUUUUUAUCAAACUUAAGCUGUUUUUAAGAAAAAACCACUCUUAACCAUUUAAUCCCUGAGUAGCCAGUGUCUAAUUUCUCCUUACAAUAAUACUGGUGAAUCAUUCAUUUAGAUCAUGAGAAUAAAGGAAAUGAUCACAACCUAAGAAGCUGUGAUUGGUAAAUGAAUUCUCCUUGUCAGUAUCAAAGGAAAUGUAUAGAGAAGAGUAAGAAGAAUAUGCAUACUGAUGUUAGGGUGGAAAUGCUUAACAAUGUUCUAUUUAGCCUUUAAGUAGGCCCUCAUUAUAAAUGCUGCAGGAUGCACAUUUCUCUCCCCACAAGAAGAUUUGAGACAAGUCAGGGAGAGGUUUGCCUCAUUCUCAGUACUCAAUCCCUUGAAGACCUCUUGCCAGCUCCAGUCGCUGAAGGCCUCAUACUUUCCUUGUGAACUUGUGCUGAAACGGCCUGCUCACAGGCUAUCUCCUAUUUGGCCAAAUUAAGUGUUUUAUCUGAAUAUUGAUUGGUGUGAACAUUUCAAAGAAGGCUGGCAUCUAACACUUCAUAAAAUAAUCUAAUUUUUCACUUCAAACAAACCACUUUUAAAGAAAUCUGCUGGUCCAUAAGUUGUUUAAACCAUAGCUUGAGCCAGACUUCAUUUACAUGUACAUCCUACAAAGUUUCGCAUUACCUUUGUGGAGAAGUCAGAACAUUUAAUCUUGACAUAAGUAGAUUACUGGUUUAACCAGCAUUGCUGAGCUUUGCUUGAUAUUUCUGUGCUUAGGAUGAUUAUGAGAUGGUUACAAUAUGGAUUAAAAAAUUAUUUAGAUUCUUUUUCUUUGCCUUGAUGCUUUCAAGAAUGUCCCAUUUUAAUUAAUAUAAAUUACUUUAUUCAUCAAAUUGAGCACUAGGCCCCUAUGGUGUCUGGUACAUAGCUGCUAAAGGGUCAUAGUCUUUGAAAGGGUUGGUUUUACAAGCCUUGGUUAGAGCAAGACAGGAUUAAAUUUUUGGACUUUAUCUUGCAUUUAAAUGUUUGGACAGCAGGCAGUGAUUUUUGACACACCUCCAAAUUGCAUGUGUGUUCAAAAGUAACAGAAGUGUUGUGAACUUGAGGUUGAAGGGUGAUACAAGAAGAACUAUUUUUUUGAAAAUUAAUGUUAGUUUAGGUUAGGUAUAACACUAAAAAAUGUGUAUGAUAUACAUAAAUAUCUAUAUCUUACACUAAGAGGUUGACAAUAUACAGAUCAAAUAGAACUUUCAAUA